CAAGCAAAGGUUCUUCACCCCCACCUGUCUGUCUGCCCCCUCCUUAUAUUACCAGAGGAGACGAACAGACCUCCUUGCACAUCUGUUCUCUCUCAUCGGGCCUCUUUGGAGUGACAGUGUGCCUUUACGACAUCUAUACAUUUGUUCAUCCAUCCAGCUGUGAGUGUGGCAGUGUGAGUGUCCUGUACCCUGUAACUAUGAAGGCCACAUAUGUGCUACUUUGUGUGGGUCUGCUUGUUUUUCCUGCUACAAUCUGUCAGUCUCCUGCUGAACGUGACUCUUACGCAGAGUGUACAGAUGGCUAUGAGUGGGACGUGCAGACUCAACUCUGUCGAGACAUAAACGAGUGUGAUACUAUUCAGGAGGCAUGUCAAGGAGAGAUGAAAUGCUUCAACCACUAUGGUGGUUACCUGUGCCUUCCUCGCUCUGCCCAUGUGGUCACCGCACCCGAGUCCUCCAGCCAAUCAGAGCCCAGUAUGCCUGUAGAGACUAACGAGGCCUUUAACCCCUGUCCCGUAGGCUACAGGGCCCAAGGAGAAACCUGUGAGGACAUUGAUGAGUGUGAAUUGGACAUGCAUGACUGCCAGCCCAGCCAGCAGUGCAUCAACACCGUGGGCACCUACACCUGUCAGUGCCCUGACGGCUACAGCAAGAUUGGCAUAGAGUGUGUUGAUAUUGAUGAGUGCAGGUACAGGUACUGUCAGCAUCGCUGCGUGAAUGUGCCAGGAUCUUUCUCUUGUGAAUGUGAGCCUGGAUUCCAGCUGGCAGGAAACAACCGAUCCUGUGUUGAUGUAAAUGAGUGUGAGAUGGGAGCACCUUGUCAGCAAAGGUGUUACAACAGUUAUGGCACAUUCCUGUGUCGCUGUGAUCAGGGCUAUGACCUGGGACCUGAUGGAUACUCGUGCAAUGAUAUCGAUGAGUGCAGCUAUUCCAGUUUCCUUUGCCAGUUUCAGUGUAUGAAUGAGCCUGGAAGAUUUUCCUGUGUUUGUCCAGACGGUUACGAGCUAAUUGGAACACGACUCUGCCAAGAUGUGAAUGAGUGUGAGACAGGCACUCAUCUGUGUGGGGAGAGACAGGUCUGUGUGAAUAUCCAUGGAGGGCAUCAGUGUUUGGACUCCAACCAUUGCCAGGACCCCUACGUCCAGGUCUCAGAGAAUCGUUGUAUAUGUCCAGUGGUGAAGCCAGAGUGUCGAGACAUGCCUUUCUCCAUUGUGCAUCGAUACAUGAGUAUCACCUCUGAACGCUCGGUUCCCUCAGACAUCUUCCAGAUCCAGGCCACCAGCGUCUAUCCUGGAGCCAACAACUCCUUUCGUAUUCGUUCUGGAGACGACAAUGGAGAAUUCUACAUACGGCAAAUCAACAACAUCGGUGCCAUGUUGGUUUUAGCCCGAGCAGUGACUGGACCAAAGGAGUACGUCCUCGAUUUGGAGAUGGUGUCUGUCAAUCCUCUCAUGAACUACCAGACCAGCUCUGUUCUUCGUCUCUCCGUUUAUGUUGGGCCUCAUGCUUUCUGAGGAGAGAGAAAAGGAUGGAUAAACAUAGACUGAAUGCUGAAUGAUAGAAUAAUUUAAAUUCAGUCUAUUUCUGCUUUCAUGUGUUAAUAAUUGGGAUCACAAUUCCAGAAUUAUCCGGCUAAUAAUGUGAAGUCGUCUUUUUUUGUGACUGACUGGCCUGUGACUGCGGGCCUAUUCCGGGAAGUGCUAAAGCAUUUGAACAUUCAUUCCUCUCACUUUGUCACUGUGGACUCAUUCUCACACUUAAAUAGCAUACAAGUACACACACGUAUCAGCUCCAAAUAUUUCAGAAAGAUAGAUCAACAUAUCGUUUCUUAUUCGUACCAGUUUUUGCUAAUAAAAUCCCGCAAUGCAUUUUUACAGUAUAUUUAUAUCUAACCUACAGACAACACAUUCAAAAGUACCUUUGUAAUUGCAUGUAUCUAGUGUAAUAGUGUGUUAUCUCAGAAAACAGUAACAAACUGAAGACAAGUACAGGUCUCUGUGGGCCUUGAAUGAAACGAGAACACAUUUCUUUGUAAAUAAUUUGUGAAACCAUUCUUAAGUAGAUUUCUGCAUUUUGUCUAAUGCAUAUUGAAUUCACUUCUGCUUGUGUUUCCUCAAUUCCAAAACUCCUUAAUGAUACGAAAAUCUUUUUUUUUUGUUUUGUUUUAUUCAUGUUUUUUUUUUCAUAAUUACAUUGUUAAAGUAAAAAGUAAAUAAAUGUAAAAAAAAAUGUCUUAAUCCUCCCUUCAUAUCUUUGUUUUUAUAAUCUUUUUCUUUCUUGUCUGUAUAGGCGGAAAACAUCCAAUUUUUUGUACAAUAAUUUCGUUUUAAUUUCUCCUGAUUUGAAGUGUUGAAGGUAAGUAGAUGAACUGUAUUACUCAGGUGUCUCCACAUGGUGACAGUGUAACACUGGUGAACACAUAAUAUUUUUUCCCUUUUACAGUCACUUUUAAGGGCAAAAGUGUUGCCAAAAAUAAAUGUCACAUGACCUACUGUA